ACAACCGGCACCUCGGUUCAAUAUGCCUAAAAACGAUUCAAAGACCGUCACAAUCGAUGUGGAGGAGUUCACUAAGACUCGUGACAGUUUUCUCGCUAAACUUGCGCAGCUCCAGUCUCUCACUUUUGAGCUGUCGCGCGCAUACAUCAACCACACCAGUGCGGUGCUUGGUCAGGAUAACGCAAAUGUAGAUAUCUCGGCGAUCACCAACACCCUCGCCGCCAGUCUUCGGGACACUGGCGUACUCGCUGCAGCCGGCACUGGUUCCGGCGCCGAGUCUGGCGAGAAGAAGAAGCGUAAGCGUCGCGCUGAUCCUAACGCUCCGAAGCGCACCUUGACCCCAUUCUUCCUGUACAUGCAUCACAACCGGGCACGCAUUGCUGAAGAGCUGGGCCCCGAUGCGAAGCCAAAGGAUGUCUCAAACGAAGGUACCAGACGCUGGGCCGAAAUGCCCGACUCGCAAAAGGAGGUCUGGAAGAAACUCUAUGCGGACAAUCUUGCGGCGUACCGCGAGAAGGUUGCUGCUUAUAAGGCGGGUCUUCCUUUUGAUCGGGAUGACAAUGAUAAGGCAGCCGACCAACUACACCUAGACGUCGCCGCCGCCGAAGCAUCGGAUGAGGAGGAGGAAGAAGAAGAGGAUGAGCAUGGAGAGGAAGAAGAGGAAGAGGAGGAGGAGUCGCCUGAGCCUGCUAAGGAACCCACUCCCCCUCCUCCCAAGCGUCGCCGUAGCGAGGGUAAGCCAUCCAAGGAUGUCUCCUCUCCUGUCGUUGAGAAGAAGGGCCGAAACGAGUCGCCGGAGAAGAAGAGGCGCGGGGCGGCUAAGAAGGACAAGGAGGAGCCGCGCAAGUCUCUUGGAGGGGAGUCGAAGCGCUCGAAGAAGAAGCGCAAGAGCGACGUCGGUGGCGAUGACGAGUAA